AUGAGCCUGGACGAUGUGCGGCUGCAGUGGCUGCGGGACCGAGUGCUCGCCGUCCUGGGGCUGACCGAUCCGGCGCCUGUCGAGGAGCUGCUGAACCGCGGCGACGGCGAGGAGGCACGGACUGUGCUGCGCUUUUUCGACCGUGGCACCGAGACCAGGGACAAUGAGAGUGAGGCAGGCACGGCGCUGCUGCUGCUGCGGGCCCAGCGGCGCGGCGAGGAGGCAGUGGGUGAGGCCCCCCAUACAGGUGACACAGAUGAGUUUGCAGAUGAGCAGCAGGAGGAAGGCCUAGAUAACCUGUUUCCUGAGCAGUUGACUGAAGCAGCCUCCUCUGUGCCAUUGGAAGGAAGGAUGACUCAGAAAAGUAAGAGAUUGCCUCUGCUAUCUACAGACAAUGAAAGUGUGUCAGGUCAUGUAUCAACUCUCUCUAGUGGGUCUGAAUUGAGUAAACUGGAACAAAGAUUUACAACUGACACUAUGGAACACACACCGCAGCUACAAGAACGGAGAGUUGACAAAGUGUGUUUCUACGUGGCUCUUGAUGAAAUUCCUGAAGAAUUUGUGUCAGAUUUUACUGUAUAUUUUCUGAGAGACACUGAAGAAAGAGUUACUGAGCCUAAUGACCUGACUGAAGCUAAUGAGGUUCUUCCUAAAGUGAUAAAGUUUGGUGUACUGACUGAUGAUACUCUAUUGAUGCUAAAGAAUGCCAUCUCACAGGUGUUUUCACCAGCUCUCUCCUAUAGUCAGCAGCAGACUCAGGAAACUUCCUUUCAUCCGGAUAGUGAAAACACAGAUUCUGAAAAAAGGAAUUUACCCGAGACUGAGCUUGCAGAAGAGAAAGAACAGCCUGUGGAACACUGUAAUAUUCAGAUGAGGAAUGAGAUUCAAAUGAACAGGCAAAAAUUCUUAAGUGUUACUCAGCAGACUAUACAACAAAAUGAAGGAGAUAUUAAACUGGAGAUGCCAACUAUAAAUCUAGAUGGAGAAGUGACUGUUCUUGCCACAGUUCCAGAAGUGAUUGAAGCUCUGGAAAGUUGUGCAAUGACCUGGCAGAAAUUAAUAUCCACAGCUCUAGAGGAACAACUGAAAAAGGUUCCACAGGGUAAUGGUCCACUUGCAGAAGUUGACCUCUGGCGUGAAAGAAAUGAUACUUUAAGUGCUCUUACUGAACAGACAAAACUUCCAGAAGUGCAAAAAGUCUUGGAAAUAUUACAGGAAGCUGAAUCUGAGCAUAUUGGAGACUUACAGAUAGUCUUAAGUGACCUCAGAAAACAUCAUGUGGAAGCUCUAGAUAAUGUUAAGUUUCUUUCAACUCUUGAACGCCAUUUGAAGAAUUUAACAUAUGGCACUGGGUUUAAUGUUGUCUUGGAUACAAUUCCUUCACUGAUGAAUGCCCUGAGAAUGGUAUGGAUUGUCUCACGGCAUUACAACAAGGAUGAACGGAUGGUACCCCUCAUGGAACGAAUUGCAUGGGAAAUUUCAACAAGAGUGUACAAGGCUGUGGAUUUACACACACUGUUUAAAGAAGAUAGAGCUGCUGCAAAACAGAAAAUAGCAGAAGCCAAAAGCACUCUUGAACAAUGGAAGAAAUGUUAUUUUGCUGUUCGUGCCCAAAUUGAAGCAUCAGGAAGAGAGCAACACUGGGAAUUUGACCGAAAACGUUUAUUUGAAAAAACAGAUUAUAUGACUUCAGUCUGUCAAGAUCUGUAUGAUAUUUUGCAGGUCAUUGAAGAGUUUUACAAUAUAUUUGGUCCUGAACUGAAAGCUGUCACAGGGGAUCCAAAACGUAUUGAUGAUCUACUGAAAGGAGUAAAUGGGCUAACUAGUCCUAUGGAAGAACUGACUUUUGACCCUUUUAGCAUCAAAAGUGCACAUGACUGGAAAUUAAUUAUGAAAGAAUUUAGAGAAGAAGUUUCAGUUAUUGAAGAAGAGACCAAAAACUUUAUUGAUGAGUCUUUUAAGACCCUUCGAUCAGCAGAAGCUGCAUUUGACAUGCUGUUAAACUUCAAACAUAUCCGCUCUCGUGAAACGGUUAAUAAGCAGAUGAUGAUGAAGUUCAAUGAUAUUUUGGACCAAUACUGUAAAGAGGUCGAAAAUGUUAAGCAAAUCUUUGUUCAGAACCUCAAGGAUCCACCUUUGUACAAGAAUCAUCCUCCAGUGGCUGGAGCAAUAUACUGGUCCCGAUCUCUUUUCUACCGGAUCAAACACACUAUUAUUCGAUUUCAAGAAGUAGAGGAGUUGCUUGCUAGUGAACGUGGAAAGGAAGUAAAACAAAUAUAUCUUCAAGUGGCCAAGAGGAUGAAGGAGUAUGAAGAUCAAAAAUACAGUCAGUGGAGAGAUGGGACAGAACAGAUACUCCCAUUGUUAUUGAAAAAUACUCUGCUGACUAGCUCUGUAACAGAGGAGCCUGUCACCACGAAGAAAAGUGUCCGCUUCAUCGUGAAUUUUUCUCCCAUACUCCAAGAGAUUAUAAUUGAAACAAAGUACAUGGAACAACUAGGGUUUCCAGUGCCGGAAAUAGCAAGAUACGUGGCAUUACAGGAAGACAAAUAUCUUAGGUAUACAAAUAGAUUGAAAAACAUGCUGGAUCACUAUCACAAAUUAAUGGGAACACUGAAUGAAGCAGAAACCAAACUUCUUGAUGACCAUAUUCAAGAACUGCGGAGAGUAUUCAAAUCAGGGCACAGAAGACUCAGUUGGAACUCCUUAGGUAUUGGUGACUUUAUUGUCCGAUGUACACAAGCCAUCAGGAAGUUUGAAUCACUUGUCCAUCAAAUUCAUAAGAGUUCUGAAGACAUAAGCAACAAACUUCAGUUCAUAGAAUCAACAAAUCUCUUUAAGUUUCUGCUUUCAAAAAAUGGUGAUGAACUUCCUGAAGCAAAAGAAUUUUUUGAGUAUGUUAAGUGUGAAAGAGCAAAAGAUGUCGCACACAUGCUUAGAAAGUAUUCUGCAAUUCCACAAUUGCUAAUAAAAGUGGAAGGACGAGUUGCCAAUACGAACAGUGGCAAAUCUCCAAAAUUAACUUCCUAUUACGCAUACUGGGAAAAUAGGAUUUAUCAGGUGUUGACACAGUUAAUUGUGAAGAAUUUGCAGGCUUUUAAUGCAGCUGUUCUUGCAAAUGCGCCACUGUUCCAAACAGAAGCUAUUUUAUCUGUUCCCGAGAUAAUCUUGCAACCUAAUGCCAGUGAGGUUGACAAAAUGACUGUACAAUGUAUACGAGACUGUGUUGAGGUCACUAAGCAUUUUGUGCGAUGGAUGCAUGGUACAUGUAUUGAAUGCCCUCCUCAGCAUGUCGAGGAAGAUGAAGUUAUCACUUUCAGCUUUUACAAUGACGUCUCCCAGAACCCUCUGAUAAUUGAACAGGCUGUUCUCAUCACUCAGAAUGUCCACAAACUCCUGGCUUCUCUCAGCAAGUAUUUGAACCAAUGGAAGAGGUACCACCUGCUGUGGAAAUUAGACAAAGGCAUAGUGAUGGAGAGGUUAGCUGCAGAAAAGCCUACUUGUAUCACCUUUGAUGAAGAGUUGCAGUUCUAUAUGAAGGUAGCUCAAGAAGUGACUCAACAGCCCUUGAUUAAAGAUGAGCAAUGUAUCAGGCUUCAGCUGGCUCCUUUAGCCUACGCAGUGCAGGAGCAUGCUAGAGGCUGGGUGAUUUCACUUGGAAAGUUGCUUAAUGAGUCUGCAAGAGAGGAACUCUUCAGUCUUCAGGAGGAGAUUCAGAGAUUAUCACAGAGUCUUAAGAGACCUCCUGAUUCCCUGGAAGAUCUCAAAAUUGUCCUUGGCACAAUUACAGAGAUCAAAGACAUGUCCUUCAAGGUGGAACUGAAAUAUUUGGACAUCUGGGAGAGAUACCGAACUCUUGCAAUGUACAAUGUUCCAGUAGCUAAAGAAGAGCAAGAGAUGGCCGACAAGAUUAGGGAGUGGGAGACUCUCUUCUUUGAAGCAUCAGAAGUUGAUCGCAACCUUGGAGGCAUAAAAAGAACAUUCACAAAGAUUACACAGCAACAAAUUGAGGACUACAGCAAAGAGAUAGAAGAUUUCUUCCAUAAAUUCAUGACUGAGGGGCCUGGUGCUGUUGGGGAAAAUCUUGAUAAAGGAUUAGAACUCAUGGCCAGUUUUGAAAAAGAAGUGGAAAAACUGGAAAAAAUUAAUCAGGAACUGGGCAGUGUUGAGAAACUUUUUGACUUGCCAGUUACAGUGUACCCUGACUUAAUGAAAGCACAGAAUGAUAUGAAAGGUCUAAAGCAGAUCUAUGAAAUUUAUGAAUCACAAAAAGCAGCUAAAAAGGAAUGGUCUCAGACGCUCUGGAUAAACCUCAAUGUCCAGUUUCUUCAGGAAGGAAUCGAAGGAUUUCUUAAAGCCCUUCGAAAGCUGCCCAAACAAGUACGCAGUAUGCCAGUAGCCUUUCACUUGGAAACAAAAAUGAAGGCAUUUCGAGACUCCAUUCCUUUGUUACUUGAUUUGAAAAAUGAAGCUUUAAGAGAAAGGCAUUGGCAAGACCUUAUGGAGAGAACAGGAACAAGUUUUGAAAUGACAACAGAAACAUUCACUUUGGAGAAUAUGUUCGCUAUGGAACUUCACAGACACUCAGAUGUUAUCAGUGAAAUAGUCGGAACUGCUGUUAAGGAACUUAGCAUUGAGAAGGGUGUGAAGGAAAUAGCAGAAACGUGGGAACACCUGAAAUUCACUGUACAAAUCUACGUCAAAGGCACUGAGAAGCGAGGCUUUAUUCUGGGAUCUGUAGAUGAAAUUUUAGAGAUUCUUGAUGACAACAAUGUCAAUCUUCAGAGUGUUUUGAGCAGUCGAUUUGUGGGUCCUUUCCUUUCAACCGUUCACCACUGGGAAAAAACUCUGUCAUUGAUUGGUGAAGUAAUUGAGAUCUGGAUGGUGGUUCAGAGAAAAUGGAUAUACCUUGAGAGCAUUUUUAUUGGUGGAGAUAUCAGAUCACAGCUUCCAGAGGAAGCCAAAAUAUUUGACAGCGUAGACAGGAUGUUUAAAAAGAUAAUGGAUGAAACUGUAAAAGAACCAACAAUAAAAAAAUCCUGUGAAGCCCCAAAUCGUUUAUCAGACCUCCAUCAUAUAAAUGAUGUGCUGGAGAAAUGUCAGAAAAGCUUGAAUGAUUAUUUGGAUUCCAAGCGAAAUGCUUUCCCAAGAUUUUUCUUUAUAUCUGAUGAGGAGUUGCUUAGUAUCCUUGGCAGCAGUAACCCCCUUUGUGUCCAGGAACACAUGAUAAAGAUGUAUGAUAACAUAGCCUCCCUGAGGUUUCAGGAUGGUGAUAGUGGUGAGAAAAUUGCAACAGCCAUGAUUUCAGCUGAGGGGGAGGUGAUGGAGUUCCGGCAGGCUAUAGCUGCGGAAGGCAGAGUGGAGAACUGGAUGACAGCAGUGCUAGCAGAAAUGAGACGAACGAACAGACUCCUUACUAAGGAAGCUAUUUUUCGAUACUGUGAAGACAGAAGCAGAGUUGAUUGGAUGCUACUCUACCAAGGCAUGAUGGUGCUGGCUGCUAAUCAGGUGUGGUGGACUUGGGAGGUAGAGGAUGUCUUUCGGAAAGUGAAGAAGGGACAAAAACAGGCAAUGAAACUUUAUGCUAAAAAAAUGCAUAAGCAAAUUGAUGACCUGGUUACCCGCAUUACAAUGCCUUUGAGCAAAAAUGACAGGAAAAAAUACAACACUGUUCUCAUUAUUGAUGUUCAUGCCAGAGACAUUGUUGAUACAUUCGUAAGAGACAGCAUUCUGCAGGCUCAGGAGUUUGAAUGGGAAAGCCAGCUGCGUUUUUACUGGGACCGAGAGCCAGAUGAACUGAAUGUGCAGCAGUGCACAGGCACGUUUUCAUAUGGUUAUGAGUAUAUGGGUUUGAACGGACGUCUUGUGAUCACCCCGCUUACAGAUCGUAUUUAUCUUACGCUCACACAGGCUUUAUCAAUGUUUUUGGGAGGAGCACCGGCAGGGCCAGCAGGUACAGGGAAAACGGAAACAACCAAGGAUCUGGCCAAAGCCCUGGGCUUGCUGUGUGUAGUGACAAACUGCGGAGAAGGCAUGGAUUUCAAAGCAGUUGGUAAAAUUUUCUCUGGUCUCGCCCAGUGUGGAGCAUGGGGAUGCUUUGAUGAAUUCAAUCGUAUUGAUGCUUCUGUGCUUUCAGUCAUUUCUUCUCAGAUUCAGACUAUUCGAAAUGCUUUAAUGAAUCAGUUGAAAACAUUUCAGUUUGAAGGACAGGAAAUUACCCUUGAUAGCCGUAUGGGCAUUUUUAUUACGAUGAAUCCUGGUUAUGCUGGCCGGACUGAACUCCCUGAGUCUGUAAAAGCUUUGUUCAGGCCUGUGGUUGUUAUUGUACCAGAUCUUCAGCAAAUCUGUGAAAUCAUGCUCUUUUCUGAAGGGUUCCUUAUGGCAAAGAUCCUUGCCAAAAAGAUGACAGUGCUAUACAAGCUGGCAAAGGAACAGCUUUCUAAACAACAUCAUUAUGAUUUUGGACUGCGGGCCCUUAAGUCAGUGUUGGUGAUGGCUGGAGAACUGAAAAGAGGAUCAGCAGACCUCAGUGAGGAAGUUGUACUGAUGAGAGCUCUACGAGAUAUGAAUCUUCCUAAAUUUGUGUUUGAAGAUGUACCUCUCUUCCUUGGCUUAAUCUCUGACCUGUUUCCUGGCCUGGAUUGCCCUCGAGUCCGCUACCCUAACUUUAAUGAUGCUGUAGAACAAGUGCUGGAAGAAGGGGGUUAUGUUGUUUUACCAGUCCAGGUGGAUAAAGUAGUUCAGAUGUAUGAGACAAUGUUAACUCGUCACACUACAAUGGUAGUUGGACCUACUGGAGGUGGCAAGUCAGUUGUCAUUAAUGCUUUGUGCCAGGCCCAAAACAAGCUGGGAUUAUUGACAAAGCUUUACACACUGAACCCUAAAGCUAUGAGUGUGAUUGAGCUUUAUGGGAUCCUUGACCCUACCACACGAGACUGGACAGACGGAGUCCUGUCAAACAUUUUUCGGGAUAUCAACAGGCCUACUGACAAGAAAGAGCGAAGGUACAUUCUGUUUGAUGGAGAUGUGGAUGCUCUCUGGGUUGAAAACAUGAAUUCUGUCAUGGAUGACAACAAGUUACUCACCCUGGCAAAUGGGGAGCGGAUUAGGCUUCAGUCACACUGUGCUUUGUUGUUUGAGGUUGGUGACUUACAGUAUGCAUCUCCUGCCACGGUAUCCCGCUGUGGAAUGGUCUUUGUAGAUCCAAAAAAUCUGAAGUAUAAGCCCUACUGGCAGAAGUGGAUCCAAGAAAGAGAAAAUGAGCAAGAGAGAAUUGAAUUGAAUCGUCUCUUUCAAAAAUAUGUGCCCUACCUUAUUGAUAUGAUUGUAGAGGGAAUUGUGGAUGGCAGACAUGGAGAAAGGCUGAAGACCAUUGUUCCUCAAACAGAUUUAAAUAUGGUGGUGCAGUUGACUGUGAUGCUGGAAGCUCUAGUUGUGGUACAGCCUGAUGAUCCUGAUGUUCUGGAGUGUUUUUUCUUGGAAGCUUUGUAUUCUUCCUUAGGUGCUGCUCUUCUUGAUGCUGGGAGAAUUAAAUUUGAUGAAAAUGUUAAACGUAUUUCCUGCAUGUCUACUGUUCAUGAUGACAACAUCCUGGCUAAGCCAGGGGAGCUACCAGGUCAGCUGCCAACUUUGUAUGACUUUCAUUUUGAUGGAUUUCAAAAAAAGUGGGUACCUUGGAUGAAACUUGUUCCUGAAUAUAUUCAUAAGCCUCAAGUGAAAUUUCUUGACAUUCUAGUGCCUACAGUGGAUACAACACGCACUACUUGGUUACUAGAACAGAUGGUGAAAAUAAAACGCCCAGUUGUUCUUGUAGGUGAAUCGGGUACCUCUAAAACAGCAACUACACAAAACUUCCUAAACAAUCUGAACAAAGACCUUAAUCUGCUGCUAGUAAUUAACUUCUCUUCUCGUACAACAUCAAUGGACAUUCAGAGAAACCUAGAGACAAAUGUAGAGAAACGAACUAAAGACACUUACGGCCCUCCUAUGGGAAAACGUCUCAUUGUUUUCAUGGAUGAUAUGAACAUGCCAAGGGUUGAUGAGUAUGGCACACAGCAACCCAUUGCCCUGUUGAAGCUGCUGCUAGAAAAAGGUUUCUUGUAUGACCGUGGUAAGGAGAUGAACUGUAAACUUCUUCGAGACCUGGGUUUUAUUGCUGCCAUGGGGAAAGCUGGAGGAGGUCGGAAUGAAGUUGACCCUCGAUUCAUCUCACUCUUCAGUGUUUUUAACGUACCUUUUCCUUCUGAGCAAUCACUGAAUUUGAUCUAUGCCUCCAUCCUGAAAGGCCACACUGCGGUGUUUAAUGAGUCUAUAUCAACCAUCUCUGACAAGAUUACUGUGUGUACUUUGGAGCUUUACAAAAUGAUUAUUUGUGACCUACCCCCUACUCCUUCUAAAUUCCAUUACAUCUUUAACCUGCGGGAUCUUUCCAGGGUCUAUAAUGGACUUAUUCUUACAACUCCAGAGAGGUUUCAAACAGUGACCCAGAUGGUGAGAGUUUGGAGAAAUGAGUGCCUGAGGGUUUUCCAUGACAGGCUGAUUAAUGAAGCAGACAAAGCAUUGGUACAAGGUCAUAUAAAAAACCUGAUUGAAAAGCAUUUCAGAGAUGACUUGGAGCAGGCCAUGAGGGAUCCUAUUCUUUUUGGAGAUUUCAGAAUGGCACUGAGUGAAGGAGAACCUCGUAUUUAUGAAGAUAUCCAAGACUAUGAUGCAGCAAAAGCUCUCUUUCAGGAGAUUUUGGAGGAAUAUAACGAAGUUAAUAUUAAAAUGAAUCUGGUUCUUUUUGAUGAUGCUUUGGAGCACUUAAUCCAUGUACAUCGCAUCAUACGGAUGGAUCAUGGGCACGCCCUGCUCAUAGGAGUGGGAGGCUCAGGAAAGCAGUCUCUAACGAGACUGGCUGCCUAUACAGCUGGAUGUGAGGUAUUUGAGAUCAUCUUGAGUCGAGGAUAUGGAGAAAAUAAUUUCCGAGAAGAUUUGAAAAAUUUGUACCAGAAGCUGGGUAUUGAGAACAAGUCAAUGGCCUUCUUGUUUACAGAUGCCCAUGUAGCAGAAGAGAGUUUCCUGGAACUCAUCAACAACAUGUUAACUUCAGGAAUGGUGCCAGCCCUUUUUCCAGAUGAUGAAAAAGACACAAUACUAAGUCAGAUUGGAGAUGAAGCUGCUAAAGCUGGUGUGAACCCAGCUAAAGAGAGUGUCUGGCAAUAUUUUGUAAACAAAUGUGCAAGCAACCUUCACAUUGUCCUGGGAAUGUCCCCAGUGGGGGACAGUCUGAGAACGUGGUGCAGAAACUUCCCAGGUCUUGUCAACAACACUGGUAUUGACUGGUUCUUGCCCUGGCCCACCCAGGCCUUGUAUGCAGUUGCACAAUCCUUUGUCGGAAAUAGCACACGCAUCCCAUCAGAGAGCUCCAAGUCAGUGAUUGAGCACAUGGUCAUGGUGCAUGAAUCUGUAGGGGAUUUCAGCAAGAGGUUUCUGCAGAAACUGAGACGUAGAAACCAUGUCACACCAAAGAAUUACCUUGAUUUUAUCCAUACUUACUCAAAAUUGCUGGAGGAGAAAAAUGAGUUCAUUUUAGCGCAAUGUAAACGGUUGGAUGGGGGCUUAGUUAAACUGAAGGAAGCUAGUAUACAGCUGGUUGAGCUGAACAAGAAACUUGCCGAGCAAAAGAUUGUGCUAGCAGAAAAAUCAGCUGCUUGUGAGGCUUUGUUACAAGAGAUUUCAGCAAACACAGAAGUAGCUGAGGAGAAGAAAAAACUGGCUGAAGAAAAAGCUGUGGAGAUAGAGGAACAGAAUAAGAUUAUUGCUAUGGAGAAGGCGGCUGCUGAGACAGCUUUGGCUGAAGUCAUGCCUAUUUUAGAAGCUGCCAAACUGGAGCUUCAGAAGCUUGACAAGUCUGAUGUUACUGAGAUCAGAUCCUUUGCAAAACCCCCUAAGCAGGUGCAGGCUGUUUUGGAAUGUGUUCUUAUAAUGAGAGGUUACAAAGAAUUAAACUGGAAGACAGCCAAAGGAAUGAUGUCUGAGGCAAAUUUCCUGCGAUCCCUGAUGGAGAUAGAUUUUGAUGGAAUUACUCAGAACCAAGUGAAAUCUGUCCGAGCUCUGUUAAAGAAUCUCAAUACUACCUUCAGUGAAAUGGAACUUGUUAGCAGAGCAGGAUUGGGAAUGUUAAAGUUUGUUGAAGCAGUGAUGAGCUACUGUGAUGUAGUUAAAGAAGUCAAGCCAAAGAGAGAAAAGGUGGCUAGGCUAGAACGGAACUAUUACUUAAGUAAGCGGGAACUGGAAAAGAUAAAGGCAGAGUUGGCUACCAUUCAGGAUGAGCUUAAAGCUUUGGGGAACAAAUAUCAAGAGGCAAUAAAAGAAAAGCAACAGUUACAAGAAGAAGCAGAGAUUAUGCAGAGAAGAUUAGAUGCUGCUGACAAGCUCAUUUUUGGCUUGAGAUCUGAGAACAAGAGGUGGACAAAGGAAUUAGAGGACUAUGAAAUACGAAAGGUGAAGUUGCUUGGAGACUGUCUACUCUGUGCUGCCUUUCUGAGCUAUGAAGGAGCCUUCAACUGGGAGUUUCGUAAUGAAAUGAUCUAUCAAGUGUGGCAAGAAGAUAUCCUCUCACGAGAGAUUCCUCUCAGUCAACCAUUUAGGUUAGAAAGCCUCCUGACUAAUGAGGUGGAGGUUAGCAGGUGGGUUUCCCAAGGAUUGCCUCCAGAUGAGCUCUCUGUCCAGAAUGGCAUCCUGACAACAUAUGCAAGCCGCUUCCCACUCUGUAUUGACCCACAACAACAGGCAUUACAUUGGAUUAAGAAGAAAGAAGAAAAAAAUAACCUGAGGAUGGCUUCCUUCAAUGACCCAGAUUUCCUUAAACAACUAGAACUGGCCAUAAAGUAUGGAAACCCUUUCUUGUUGCAUGGUGUUGAUGAAUACAUUGAUCCUGUGAUAGACAAUGUCUUAGAGAAGAAUAUCAAAGCUGCACAGGGGCGAACAUUCAUUGUCCUGGGUGACAAAGAGGUUGACUAUGACAGUAAUUUUAGAUUGUACCUGAACACCAAAUUAUCGAACCCAAAGUAUUCUCCCUCUGUGUUUGGCAAAGCUAUGGUUAUCAAUUAUACAGUUACACUAAAGGGCCUAGAGGAUCAGUUGCUCAGCGUCAUUAUGGGUUUUGAAAGAAAGGAAUUGGAAGAACAGAGAGAACAUCUCAUCCAGGAGACAAGUGACAACAAAAACUUGCUGAAAGAUCUGGAAGACUCUCUCCUUCGGGAACUGACAUCUUCCACAGGAAACAUGUUGGACAACUUGGACUUGGUGCAAACCCUGGAUGAGACAAAAUCCAAAGCUACUGAGGUGAUUGAAAAACUGAAUCUGGCUGAGACAACAGCGGUGGAUAUUGAUCGUCUUCGAGAUGGCUACAGACCAGCUGCCAGGAGGGGGGCCAUUUUAUUCUCCGUUUUGUCUGAAAUGGCACUUGUCAACAUCAUGUAUCAGUACUCACUGGUCUCCUUCUUAGAGGUUUUUGGACUCUCUCUUCGGAAAUCCAUGCCCAGUCCUAUUCUUCUUAAGAGAUUAAAAAACAUCAUGGAUACCCUGACUUUCAACACCUAUAACUAUGGCUGCACAGGCUUGUUUGAGAAGCACAAGUUACUAUUCUCCUUUAAUAUGACUGUCAGGAUAGAACAAGCGGAUGGCAGAGUUCCACAAGAAGAACUUGAGUUCUUUUUGAAAGGCAAUAUUUCCCUGGAGAAGAGUGCACGAAAGAAACCGUAUGCUUGGCUUCCAGAUCAAGGCUGGGAAGACCUAAUUCGCUUGUCUGAACUAUUUCCUGAGAAAUUUGAAUCUCUUCCAGAUGAUGUGGAAAAAAAUCCAGAUGUAUGGAAAAAUUGGUAUGAUACAGAUGCUCUGGAGCAGAUGCCAUUCCCCAUGCAGUACCAGAACAAUCUCACGAACUUUCAGAAGCUCCUACUUUUACGGUGUUUCCGGGUGGACCGGCUAUAUCGGGCAGUAACAGACUAUGUUACUCUGACAAUGAAUGAGAAGUAUGUGCAGCCCCCUGUGAUCAGCUUUGAAGCUAUCUUUGAGCAGAGCAGUCCUUACUCACCAGUUGUUUUUAUCUUAAGUCCUGGCUCUGAUCCUGUCAGUGACCUCAUGAAACUGGCCGAGAGGACAGGCUUUGGAGGGGAUAGACUCAAAUUCCUAGCCAUGGGACAAGGCCAAGAAAAGAUUGCUUUGCAGAUGCUGGAGAAUGUAGUGGUUCGUGGAGAGUGGCUAAUGUUGCAGAACUGUCACCUUUUGGUGAGGUGGCUUACCAAUCUGGAAAAGGCCCUGGAGAAAAUUACAAAGCCUCACCCAGACUUUCGCCUCUGGCUGACUACUGACCCGACCAAGGGCUUCCCAGUUGGAAUACUGCAGAAGUCGUUAAAGGUUGUGACAGAACCACCUAAUGGUCUGAAACUGAAUAUGAGAGCCACCUACUUCAAAAUUCCCCAGGAAGCCUUAGAGCAGUGCCCACAUCCUGCCUUUAAAUCCUUAGUCUACGUCUUGGCAUUUUUCCAUGCUGUGGUUCAGGAGAGAAGGAAGUUUGGGAAGGUUGGCUGGAACGUACCGUAUGAUUUUAAUGAAUCUGAUUUCCAGGUCUGCAUGGAAAUUCUUAACACAUACUUGGCAAAAGCUUUCCAACAAAAUGAUGAUAAAAUCCCCUGGAGCAGUCUCAAAUAUCUUAUUGGUGAGGUCAUGUAUGGUGGGCGCGCAAUUGAUAGCUUUGAUCGUCGCAUUCUGACUGUCUAUAUGGAUGAGUACCUUGGUGAUUUCAUAUUUGACACAUUCCAAACGUUUCAUUUUUAUAAAAACGACAAGGUUGACUACAAAAUUCCACAAGGGACUGUAAAAGAUGACUUUGUUGAGGCGAUAGAAUCUCUGCCACUUGCUAAUACUCCAGAGGUGUUUGGUCUUCACGCAAAUGCUGAGAUCGGGUAUUAUACACAGGCAGUUCGCGAUAUAUGGUCUCAUCUUCUUGAGCUGCAGCCUCAAACAGGUGAAACUGGUACGGGAAUUAGUCGAGACGAAUACAUUGCAAAUGUUGCUAAGGAUAUAGAAAACAAAAUACCGGAAGUAUUCGAUCUUGACCAGAUACGGAAAGGUUUUGGACCAGACAUAUCCCCUACGACUGUGGUGCUGUUGCAGGAACUGGAACGGUUUAAUAAGCUGAUCAUUCGAAUGGCAAAGUCAUUGGCUGAACUGCAACGCGCCUUGGCUGGGGAAGUCGGAAUGAGCGCUGAACUGGAUGAUGUGGCUCGGGCUCUCUUUAACGGACAGAUUCCUGGAAUCUGGCGGCAGCUAGCCCCCGACACACUCAAAACACUUGGAAAUUGGAUUAUUUUCUUUAGAGCUCGGUACAACCAGUACACCAGCUGGGUUAACGAGCGCGAGCCAAAGGCGAUGUGGCUCUCAGGCCUGCACGUUCCAGAAGCUUACCUGAUGGCUCUUGUUCAAGCCACCUGCAGGAAAAACAAGUGGCCCCUGGAUCACUCCACCCUCUACACAGAGGUAACCAAGUACAGGACUGCAGAAGACAUCACUGAAGGGUCUACUCAAGGCUGCUUUGUUUCCGGUCUGUUUCUGGAAGGAGCGGACUGGGACGCAGAGCACAGCUGCCUCACCAGAAGCAAGCCCCGAGUCCUGGUGGUGGAGUUACCCAUUCUGAAGAUAAUCCCCACGGAAGCGCACAGGCUCAAGCUCCAGAAUACCCUCCGGACACCCGUGUACACAACCUCCCUGAGAAGGAACGCGAUGGGCGUUGGCCUGGUUUUUGAAGCUGAUCUUUACACUACAAAGCACAUUUCCCAUUGGGUCCUUCAAGGCGUUUGUCUCACCUUGAACGCAGACUGACAGUUUGAAGGUGGCACUAGAUUUUCCCCACAGAAUCCAACCUUUUAGGGGGGCAGAAAAAGAAAUAAUCAAACUAGGCAGAGAUUCAGCGCCGUGGGUGGGGCAGCGUUCACUUAGGCACACCUGACUUUAAAUAGUAGGAUACAACCAAGCUAGUACUACCAAUAAACACAUUUGAAGAGGAAAGUGUUUUUCGUAACUUGUAUUUCCUUUUAGAAAGGCUCCAAGCUGGUCUAUGUAUAUGAAAGAGGUAAUCAGUCAGUCAGUCAGUCUCGCACACACAAAGACUAAGGUUUGCCUGUAUGGUUGUAAGAAAUGUUUUUAAUUGCCCAAAGCAUCACUUCUGCUGUGCUUAGAAGCGGUGCCUUCCAUCAUCCUUCAACAAGCGGCAGGGUAGAUCAGUCAUACAAUAGAUCGCCAUAAAAAUAGGGCAACAACCGCCAAAAAACCAAAACCGCUGCCGGUUAAUGCAAUACACUUAAAAAUAGUAAACCACAGAAUAACAAACUUUCUUUAACCGACCGUUUUCCAGGAACACAGCUUUUCCCUGUCCCUCCCCACCAUUCGUGAAACAAAUCCCUACCGCACAACCAGCAAGGCGUGACACCGAGGAGUGCUUCUUGGGCUUCAGAACAGCAAGUGACCGAGUCGUGAGGGUGCACAGGGGUAGGGCACAGGAGGCCUCGGGCUAGCGGAUGGUCAAACCCUCUCUGACUGGGAACAACCCUGCUGUAAGUUGUCAUGCUGCGCAGGAAAUUCAGCAGUACCACAGUUAGGAAGAACAGCUUUUGUCAUCCUGCCAGUGCCUUUGUUGGGGAAGCUGACAGAGCGCGAUCCAAGGCUCCAGAGGGAGACACACACCACCACACAGCUGCAGAGAAAGCUGAAGAGGGGCAGACUACAGCUGGCAAGGGGACGGAAAGAGGGCAGGCAGGGAUCCUUCAUCAGCUUUCACAGAGAUUACGCGUUCCAAGUUUUUGAAGGCACAUCAUAAGCUUAGCAGCAUUUGGGAGCCAUUGUUUCUUGCUGGGCCUACUCAGAGGCUGCAGACAAGAGUGAAGCAGAGGUGAGCUGGAGGUGCCGAUCAGAAUUUAAGAAAAACGGUCAAAUUUGUGCUCCUUUCCCAAAAUUACACACUCUCACAGCUCGCAGUAUGCCUUUCUUUCCUAGGAAAAAAAUAAUUAAAAAAUAAUCCGGUAGUCUAACAGCUGUUGGGUCUACCUGUUGCUUACUAGAAAGGAGCAGGGGAAUCAGGGCAAGUGCAAGGCAAGUCCAUCCCAAUCCACAAGGAUAAAAAUCAAGGAUGCCAGGUCCUCCUCCUGUAUGAAUUGGUUACAUCACUUAAAUUUAACACUAAAUACACACAUUUUAGAGGGACAGCUCGGGUUUCUAAGCUAGC